ACAACCUCCGGGUUGGUAUCAUAAGUUCCGGUUCAGUGGUUGUAAAAUAGGAAGUAACACUGGAGAUACAUGCAUGUCAAUAAAUACCUGAAGUUAUGUCUCGGCAUGCAGUCCUGUCAUCGGGAGUAAAAACCUGGAGAUCUAUAGCUUGUGAAAAGUCAGAGUUGCGUCUUGAUUUAACUCUAGCUUGCGGGCAGUCCUUCCGUUGGAGAGAGACAUCAGAAAACCACUGGACUGGAGUGAUAGGAGGACAAGUGUGGACUCUGACCCAAACAGAAGAUAUUUUGUGGUACCAUGUUUACCAAAGAAAUGACAGGCACGUGGAUACAGGAGUUGGACCAAUUGGAGAAAACAAAUCACAGAUUAGAUUUAGAGGAGUUGUUAAGAAAGAAGAGGAGGAGGCAGUGGCUGUAACCGUACAGAAUGAUAAAAAGGAAGAGGUAAUGCUGAGAGAUUACUUCCAGCUAAAUGUGAAUCUGAAGGAUCUGUACAGGAAAUGGGCAGCAACAGACCCCCACUUUAAGCAAAUCGCAGACAUCUUCACCGGUGUACGAAUGCUCCGCCAGGACCCGACUGAAUGCCUAUUUUCCUUCAUUUGCACCUCAAACAACCACAUUUCUCGUAUCCAAGGCAUGGUGGAGAGGCUCUGUCAGGCCAGGGGUAACCUACUCUGUCAACUGGAUCAAAUCUCCUACUACAACUUUCCUUCGCUGUCUGCAUUAGCAGAUAGCAGUGUCGAAGCAUGUCUCAGGGAGCUUGGUUUUGGAUACAGAGCUCGGUUCCUGCAACAAAGUGCAAAGCAGAUUUUGGACAAUCAUGGUCCCGAAUGGCUUGAAGGUCUACGUAGUGUGCCAUAUGUGGAGGCCCGUGAUGCCCUGCGUACCCUUCCCGGAGUGGGCACUAAGGUGGCAGAUUGUGUAUGUCUGAUGUCCCUUGAUAAGGCUGAUGCAGUGCCAAUUGAUACACAUGUGUGGCAGAUUGCCAAGCGUGAUUACAAAUACAUUGCUGUCAAUGAACCAAAAAGCAUCACAGAAAAACUUCACAGAGACAUAGGGGAUUUCUUCAGGAAGCUGUGGGGUCCUUAUGCUGGUUGGGCACAAUCUGUUUUGUUCUGUGCGGAUCUCAAGAAAUUCCAAAAGCUGAAAGAAAGACCUAAUUUGAAGAAGCCAAAGAAUGAGUCAGACGGUGAAAACAUGGUAAUAUGCAAGAAGCCAAAUAUUAAGACUGGAAAAAAAGCAACUGUUGUUAAACAGAAACUAAAUAAGGGACAGUUGAGUAGGUAGUAUAACAUACUUUUCUACAAUGUCAAUUUAUGGUAUUAAUCAACCUGUCAUGAUAUUUUGUAGCUGAGAUAGGCACCAGCGCCCCCCGUGACCCCAAAAGGGAAUAAGCGGUAGGAAAUGGAUGGAUGGAUCGAUGAUAUUUUGAGAACAAAUUAGUUUCUAUGUAAACCCUUCUGUGUCCAAUUUUCCAUGAAUUUAGAAAUUCAGCACUGCGGUAACUUUUUUUUUUUUACAUAUACAUGAAAUAACUUUUACGCUGCUGUAUCGCCACAUGAUCACACACAGCUACUGAUAUUUCAAAAUCCAAAUGUAAAGCCAGAUAACUCCACUACAGCCAGCAGUGGCCUCUUGGCGGCAGUAUGCACUUGAAUAUGCUUUACUGUAUUUCUUUGCAUCUUUUAACGUCAAAUAUGGGUCAUUGGCUUUGUUCAGUCUAUUCUUAGAGCAAAUUAGGAUCAAGUUGCAGAGUUUACUGGGGGGAUGUGGUCUGUCAGUAUCUAUGCCAUCUUUGGUUUCAUGUUCUUAUCUAACAUAAAGAUGUCACUAAUGCGUAUGUCGUGUUUUGCCAGUGUCUUUGUGUCGAUUUAAUUUAGUGGCUGCAAAGUGUCCACUUGUUUAUAGACGGAUUCGGAUUUAGGUAAAGUAACUCACAAUAUUGGUAGGCUUUGUUCACCAAGAGUCAUUGUUUACAAUAACACUACGCGUGAAAUUCCCAAACAAAAUAACAUUUUACCGGCUUUGAUAUGAUGGUCAAAUACUGUGAGUCAAUAGGUAAGUCCUUUUUCGUUGUAAGGAGAAAACAGCUGUUAUUGAAUGGGAGGAUCCUGACCCGAUCGACAAGUCUGAGUGGAGUAGAGAUCAAAACAUCUUCCCCAAUGUUUCAUACCCGAACUUAGUGAACUACUCAGUUUUUCAACCAAGCCCAUUUUACAUCUUCAAUGACUUUAAAGAUGAUAAGAUUUUAGAAAGCUAUGACCCUUUUUUGUGUAAAUGGACAAGCGUUAGAAAAUGGAUGGAUGGAUGGGUUUGUGACAUUAGUGUUUGUCCGUCUAAAAUCCGUAGGUAUUGUGUUGUCAAGGCGAGAGUCAUACACUUGCAGAAAUGAUCUGACCCAAGUUUGACAACCUAGAACAAUAAUCACGGAUAACCAAUCUUAGGUCAUCUCAACACCAUUAUUGGGAGAAUGUUGUUCUCAUGUUGUAUCUCUUUAGUUUUAUGUAGAGGCCACAGUCCAGAUACAAUACAACUACAGUACUACCAAAGUUCUUCGACCAAGGACAUCAGGUUAACGCAAAGUGGAGUUGUUCUUUUUUUAAUUUGUUUCUGCUUACAAAAUUGUAUUAAAACAUAACAACUUUUCCUGCAUUUGUACUUAAAGAAUCAGUGCCAGUUUAUGAUGAAACUGAAGUCUUGAAUUGUUUUAACCCGCAUUUCGUAUUCUCUGGUUCUCUAUUUGACUCAAAAGGGACAACUAUGGAGACUCCUUGUACAGAAUCUCCCAUGUUUUCUAGAGAUUCUUUGAAUUUUGCACCUUUUACUUGUCUUGAAGUGCAUAAACCCCUAAAAAUAUUAGACCACAGAAAGCCUUCUGGACCUGACUUGAUUGAGCCUUAUUUUUUAAAGCUGACAGCUGAUUUUACAGCAGAGCCACUUUCAAUUAUAAACAAAGACAUUCCAUCAGUUUGGAAAUCAUAAAGGGAGGUGAUCCAGCAGUUCUUUCAAAUUAAAGGCAAUUAUCACAUUUAUGUGCCUUAUCAAAACAUCUGGAAUCUCUUGUUAGUGAUCUGUGAAAUAGUUCUUCAACCAGGCUUCAGGAAACAGCAUAAAUGACGGUGGUAAAUGACAUCAUGGUAGUGCUUGAUAAAAACAGUACUGUGCCUCACUUUUAAUUGAUCUCUCCAAAGAGCUUGACACUGUCGACCACGCUAUAUUAAAACACAGGCUGUUUCUCAUUAGUCUGUCAGAACAUACGGUAGCUUGGUUUUCAAAUUAUUUAGAAACAGGACCUUGUGUAUUAAAUAUGAGGGCCUUUGCUCAGAAUGUGUCACUGUUCAUAAAGGAAUGCCUCGGGGUUCUGUUUUGGGGCCGCUCUUAUUUGUCUUGUACAUUAAUUAUCUCAAACAACAUUUCUAAGAUGCUAAAAUGCAUUUUUAUGCUGUUGAUACAAUUAUUUAUUGCUUUGAAUCAUCUCCUGAACAUGUAAAAUCCACUUAUUGACUUAAAACUGGUUCUCAAUGCUGACAAGACAAAACUUACGGUAUAGUGUUUUCCAAACAUAAAAAGGUGCCUCAAACCUCCCUGGUAUAGUGUCCACUCUUGAAGGGAACAUCAUAGAAGUGUUGCAUGAACACUAGACACUCUGCAUCAAGGGUUGGAAUUGGGGUUUAAAUCACCAAAAUGAUUCCCGGGCGCGGCCACUGCUGCUGCUCACUGCUCCCCUCAUCACCCAGGGGCUGAUCAAGGGUGAUAGGUCAAUCCAUCCAUCCAUCCAUUUUCUACCGCUUCUUCCCUUUCGGGGUCGCGGGGGGCGCUGGCGCCUAUCUCAGCUACAAUCGGGCGGAAGGCGGGGUACACCCUGGACAAAAUGCAGGGAAUAAUUUCACCACACCUAGUGUGUGUGUGACAAUCAUUGGUACUUUAACUUUUUAACUUUAAAUACCCUGGUGUUUCAAUUGAUGACUCUCUCGCUUUUAAACCUUUUAAUGAUAAACAGGUGAAAAAACAAAAACUUAAAUGAGUUUUUUUCUUACUUAUAUAAGAGAUGUUUUUCUUUUAGUUUAAAAAAACGCCUUCUCUCUGCCACAUUUUUAUCUGUCCUAGAUGAUGGUGAUCUUUUUUUAUAUGAAUGCUACUCGUUCCUGUCUUCAGAGGGUCGACUCUGUUUACCAUGCUUCUUUGAGGUUCAUCACAAACUGUAGAGGGAUGACACACCACUGUGACUUGUACCCCCAGCUGGGAUGGCGUUCUCGGUCCACUAGGAGACAUUGUCAUUGGUAGACUUUUAUUUACAAGGCUCUUCUGGGACUAUUGCAUGAUUACAUUUGUAAAUUGAUUAUACACAGAUGUACGGACUCUUCUGCUCUGAGAUCCAACGAUCAGCUGUUGCUCUCUGGGCCUUUUGCUUGCACUGAACUGAGGAAAAAAAUAUUUUGUCUAUGCAGCUCCUUGUGAUUGAUUCAUUGAAACUUUUAUUAGUAGAUUGCACAGUACAGUACAUAUUCCAUACAAUUGACCACUAAAUGGUUACACCCGAAUAGGUUUUUCAACUUGGGGUCCAUGUAAAUCAAUUCAUGGUAUCAUGUGCUUGGAACAUGUCACAAAGAGACUGGAAGCUGACUGAUUUUAUGUCCUUAAAUGCUUUUAAGUCUAAACUGAGAGAGUAUUGAAGCAGCCUCAGUUAAAUGUAACUGUUUUACUUGAUGUCCAUCCUGUCAUUUUAAUGUGUAAUGUGAAUGUAAUUUUAUUUGUAACUUUGCCACCUCUUGGCCACGACUCCCUUGAAAAAGAUGUUUUUAAUCUCAAUGGGAUUUUUUUCCUUAAUAAAUAAAGGUUACCGUAAAUUUAAAAAAAUAAUCAAUUACCUGAAUUGAAAUAUUCCAAACAAACACUUAGUUGUUCAUUGCACGUCACAUCUGAUUUGAUUGAUUUGCCAUUCAAUCUUCUGUUCAGCUGCUUCCCUCUGUCCAGAAAUGAUUUAUCUCUCCCACUUCGAUUGUGGUAGUUGACAAUCACACAUGUCGUCGGCAUAUAAGUAUCACUGGAUAAAUGAUAAGCAACAAUGAGCGUGUUUGCAAACAAAGCCUACCUAUAUGGCCAUUGUGGGUGAUAUCGAAAAUGCCAAAGCCUGCUAUAGGCCAGCUAGUCUCUUUACAGCAGGCAUGACAGUCUUGCCAGUGCUUUGGUGUUUGUCACAAUAACAAUAUACUGUGUUAAUGUUAAAAUACCAAUGAUUGUCACACACACAUACUAGGUGUGGUUAAAUUUGUCCUCUGCAUUUGACCCAUCCCCUUGAUCAUCCCCUGGGAGGUGAGGGGAGCAGUGAGGAGCAGUGGGCAGCAGGGGUGCUGCACCCGGGAGUCAUUUUUGGUGAUUUAACCCCCAAUUCCAACCCUUGAUGCUGAGUACCAAGCAGGGAUGUAAUGGUGGACAUAAAUAAUGUAAAAUGUGGCAUAAUUUUACUGAAUUGUUAUACUACAUGGAAUGUAAAAUUCACGCUCCAGGGAGUCAGUUGCAUCAAAUGCAACUGUGUGUUACAUCUUUAUGUUGUACAACCAUAGGCGUUGUUUAUUUGUGGAAGAGUGUGCAGCCAUGUGUGUUAAUAAACAUGUGAGUCAGCGUUCAUGCUCACUCCAGUUAAGCUGGAUGCAGGCUGGGGCCCUGCUUUAGGGCAGAGUGAGGCCGGAAAACAACAGCACUGUUAGAAGAGCAAUGAGAGAGCAGCAAAAUCGAAACAAAAAAGGGGGGGUGCAUGUCGGGUGUAGGUGAGCACAUGAAUUUAAGAGGAAAGACCACAAGUCUCAACAAAAAACACAUAACACUGUGUUAUGUAAGUGAUGGGUCUCAGCUGGUGUUUUGUCACAUCCUCACAUCAGACCGGCAUAACAUAAAAAAUAGUAGGAUCAUGAUCUGUGAUCUUAGCGACCACUAUAUAACCUUCUGCAUGCGCAAAAUAACUAAACCCAAAGCCAAUGGCCACAUAACAGCUCAAUCCAGAUUCCUUAAAACAUACUCCAGUGAUAAUUUCAACCUUAAAUUGGGUGAGUGGGACUGGUCCCCUGUGCUCAUGAGCAACCUGGUUGAAACUGCUUGGGAUCGCUUCAAAACAGCGUUCCUAGCGAUACUAAAUGAUAUGGCUCCCGUGAGAACAAUCAGGAUCAAAGCCCACUCUGAACCAUGGAUCAAUCCAGACCUAUUAGCUGCCAUAAAAGACAGAGAUAGAAAAUACUUUGAAUACCAAAAGUGUAAAACCGAAGUAGAUAAACAACCCAAUAAUAAUAACCUCAAAUCACUCCUUUCAACACUCAAAAAGAAAUGCAAUAAGUUAAGAAAUAAGACAAACAACCUGACUAAAUCCUUAAAAAAAUGACAUCAAUGAAAAAACAGAGGAAAACACAAAUAUGCCACUUGAGCUCUGGGAAAUUCUCAACAACCAGCUUCCUGGAUGCAGCCUGAAACUUAAAACCAGACUCACCAACAUCAACAUCAAGGGAGGUGACUCCCUCAUAACAGACAAAAUGGAGGUAGCAAGCAGACUUAACACCUUUUUCACCAGCAUAUCCACAACUCUCGUUAACAAGCUGUCCCAUCACUCUGGUCACUUUGGUGUAGAACACAUUAAAGCCUUCUACAGAAAGCUAGGAGUAAUCAACAACAAUUUCAAAUUAGAAAUGGUCUCAGCUGACGAGGUACUUAAUAAAUUGAGCGCGCUCCACCCAAACAAGGCCACCGGCCUUGACAAUAUCCCCCCCAGAUUCCUCAUGGACUCUGCCACCACCAUUGCCCCAAUAAUCACACAUAUAAUAAACUUCUCAAUCAAACAAGGCCAAGUACCCAAGGAUUUUAAGAUAGCAAGAGUAACCCCCCUUUAUAAAAAAGGAAGCAAAUUAGAACCUGGUAACUACCGACCUGUUUCAAUUAUCAGUUCCAUUUCGUAAGUAAUGGAAAAAAUAGUUUAUGAACAGGUCGAUAGAUACUUUGCUACUAAUAAACUAAUGUACAAAUUCCAAUCCGGCUUCAGAACUAACCACUCCACUGACACAUGCCUUCUCUAUCUGACCGACCACAUCAAACAUGAGGUGGACGCGGGCAAAUACUGCGGCAUGGUCGUGCUGGACAUUUAGAAGGCCUUUGACACCGUUAACCACGCUAUACUGUUGGAUAAGCUCAGAGCAAUCGGAUUCGAUAAAACUGCAUCGAGCUAGAUGCAAUCUUACUUGGAGGGGAGGAAACAGGUGGUAGAGGUGAACGGCACCGUGUCCCCUCCCCUCUCAGUAAGCUGUGGAGUCCCCCAAGGCAGUAUACUAGGACCUUUACUGUUCCUAAUAUACGUAAGUGAACUGUUUCUGUUUGCGGAUGGUAUCCGGCAAGGACAAAUCACAGGUGGAACAAAUCCUCAGUGCUGAAUUAUUUAAUAUUUGCACCUGGCUCGCUGACAGCAAGCUAUCCAUACACUUAGGUAAAACGCAAUCCAUCCUAUUUGGGUCCCAUAUCAACCUUAAGAAAGUCCGUGACUUCACUAUAAAAGUGGGUGACAUUGUUAUCACCAGGAAAGAUGAGAUCAACUACCUAGGUUGCAUUCUAGAGGCCAAUCUUUCCUGUGAUAAAAUGGCAACCAAGGUAAUCAAGAAGGUCAAACAAAGAACGAGAUCCCUCUACAGAAUCUCCUCUCUGGUCAACAAAAGCACCUUGAAGAUUCGAGCGGAAACUCUCAUUCAACCCUUUUUUGAUUACGCUUGCACCUCCUGGUACCCCAGCACCUCCAAAACCCUCAAAUAUAGACUCCAAAGAUCCCAGGACAAGCUAGUCCGGUUACUUUUAGACCUCCACCUCAGAUCACACCUCACUACAACCCACUUCCCCAAAGUGGGCUGGCUCAGGGUGGAGGACAGAGUAUAACAACUUGCACUGAGCCUAGUCUAUAAAAUCUGCUACACUUCCCUGAUACCGAAGUACAUGUCAAACUACUUCCUUAACGUAAAUGAGCGCCAUAACCACAACACCAGGGGGAGCUCCACAAACCAUGUUAAACCCAGAUUCCAAUCUAACAGAGGUCUGAACUCAUUAUCUUUCUAUGCCACAUCAAUGUGGAAUGCACUCCCAACAGGUGUAAAAGUAAGUGCAUCUCUAUCCUCCUUCAAAAGCGCUCUAAAACAACACCUCCAGGCAACUUCAACCCUUUACUAAUACCCUCCUCCAUUCACAUCCCAUCUCCCCGGAUUGUAAAUAACCUAAUGUAAAUAAUCAAAUGUAUUUUUAAUGUAUAUACUUGUUCUUAUGCUAUCUGAACUCACUAUGUUCUCUGCUGGCUGUACAUAUCCUACUAAGUAAGACCUACACUGUUUCAAUGUCCAUUUCUCUGUUGAUGCAAUUGUUGAUGACUGAAGUACUAAUAUCAACCAAAGCUUCUCAUCCCAACCCCCGGAUUGUAAAUAAUGUAAAUAAUUCAAUGUAAAUAUUAUGAUAAUUAACUUGUGUGAUGACUGUAUUAAGCUGAUGGUACAUAUUUGUACCAUGAAUUAAUUAACGUAGACCCCGACUUAAACAAGUUGAAAAACUUAUUCGGGUGUUACCAUUUAGUGGUCAAUUGUACGGAAUAUGUACUGAACUGUGCAAACUACUAAUAAAAGUUUCAAUCAAUCAAUCAAUCAAAUGUCCCAAUCUGGGAGUACUUCCGCUCAUCUUUUUCUUUGUGGGAUGAUUUACUUAACAGAGGCACCAGGGGGCGCAACAAUUUGCAGUGUGUGUAGGAAUGUAGUGUUUUGUCUGCCCCAAAAGACAAUUCUCAUUGUUUGUCCAUUUAGUUUAGUCCAUUGAAAUCACCAUUAAUGGUAUAAACAUUCAUCAUCCAACUUCUGCAAUGGCUGUUUUUACUGCUGAAGAUAGGCUCCAGCACCUCCCGUGACCCUGAAAGGGACAAGCUGUAGAAAUGGAUUGAUGGAAUAUCACUAGGUGUAUUACAGUGAGGGAUAGGUUGCUUAAGAUGGUUAAACUAUUCAGCUAUAUGUUGAUUCACGUUGAAUGUGGUAUAACUGGUGACAACCAAAACUUUUGCAGCCGCUCUUCGUGGAAGUCUGUUUUGGGGGCCGGCAGUUGGGAAAAAUUAGUUUUUGGAUGUCUAGACAACCACAGACAUAAAUAGUUGAGUUGAGAAGUUGACAUUGGCAGAUUAAGUUUUUGGCUAUUCUAGAUAAAAAGCUAGGCUUAUUUCCCGGAGGUGAUUAACACUUUCUUACAUCUGAUGGAACUAAGGCUUGGCUGGCAAAUGAUGAAAGUUCAGUGCCUUGCAGAAGCUGAGGGAGAGCCAGUACCGUCUGUUCCAGCACUGAACUUCACAGCUCCUAUACCAAGAUCAGUUGAAAUGACAAGUUGGAAUGUAUUCACUAUAUUCUUGGGCAAGGGUGGUAGAAAUAAAUGAUAAUGGUUCAUACAGUGCAUACAGUUAUAAUGUGGUAAAUCACAUAUUUACAGUUUUUCAUCACUGCAUGUCCGAAACAGAAUUAAAAGAAGCAAAGCUUGUGUAAUCCUACCCGUUUUAAUAUUAAUUUCUGACACAUUUUCUCAAUUCCUCUGCUCAAUUUUAAAACAAUUAAGUUAAAAAUAAUCAAUAAAGAUCUCAUGAAUAAAUAGUUGUUUGAAUUGUGAUUUGAUUUGAUUUAUUCUUAUAUAUUAUCCUGCAAAUCUUGUCAUUUUAGGUCAAAAACUCAUGCUAUACAUUGCAUCUAUGAAGAAAUCAAUUGUAUUUUGCUUAUUGGUAUUCAAAAGGUCCAUGUUGAAGUCCCUAUGUAAGAAAAUUACUUUUUUUAAUGAUUUCAGUAAAGAUUGUCUUGAACCAAGUAUGUCAAGCUCAUUUUCAUCGUGAACUAUGUCACAUAUGGCUGCCCCUCAAUGGGCCACUUGUAAAUAAGAAACCAUCCAUCCGUCCAUUUCCUACCGCUUAUUCCCUCUGGGGUCGCGGAGCGCAGAAACCAUAAAUGUAUAAUCACCAGAUGAUAUUAUCAUCCCAUUGCCCCUUUUUUUGGUUACUAUCAUACUGUAUGCCAACAAGCUGAUGAAAAAAUUCAUUUGCAAUCAAAGGUCAAGGUAAAAAGCGGAUAUUAAAGUUCAACCAUUGUAGAAUUAAUUUAAAAAAGUUUAAAUUUGAAUGACAAUAAAAAGGAAGUGUAAGUCUAAAAAGGGUUUCAAAGACAGAAAAAUGCUUGGAAUAGCUUUUUACACCACAUAAAAAGUUGAUUGGCAACACUAAAAUUGGCCCUAGUGUGAGAAUAUGAGUGUAAAUGUCUGUGUAUCUGUGUUGGCCCUGUGAUGAGAUGGCGUCUUGUCCAGGGUGUACACCGCCUUCCGCCCGAUUGUAGCUGAGAUAGGUUCCAGCACCCCCCGCGACCCGAAAAGGGAAUAAGUGGUAGAAAGGAUUGAUGGAUAAUAUGAAGUUUAGAAGAACUGCAGUUUCAUGUGAUACAUUAUUUUUUCUGUCAAAAUAAAAAAAAAAAGUGAAAUUCCUUAUUGACUCACAUUUAGAGGUUUUUUGUGGGCCACAUAAAACGAUGUAGUGGGCGAGAUUUGUCCCCCGGGCCUUGAGUUUGAUACGUGCCUUAACUAACAUUUCAAAACUUAUGUUUUUAUGUACAGCUGACUAAGGUAUUUUUGCUCUUUUUUCAAUUGUUAUACAUUGUAAAAUAUGAUCAAAACUAAAUGACAUGUUUUUCAACACUUAUUUAUAGUUGAGAUCCUUCAUCAUGUAUGCCACUACUCCUCCUUUCUUGAUGUUUCCGUCGAUCUAAUUCAGUUCGUAUUUUUCCAGAUUACUAUGGAUGACAUUUUUAGCAUCAAUCCAUGUUUCUAGAUAGCGGUCACUUGGAAAGGUUUGUUUAGUUGUUAAAAGAAAAGCUUCAUGUUGUAGUAGUUUGCAUAUAUACUUGUGCUAUUGAAAUGAAUAGCUGACAUGUUUGUUUUUGGAUUUAAUGGUGCUAUUGUUUUGAUCCUAAAAACAAUUAUUUUUGAUGUAGGAGGAGACUGCAUCAUCAUUAGUUCCCUAUUUGGGUCCUUUAUUUUUCUUGUUGUAUUUAUUAUUUGUCCAGAGUCUUGAUGUUUUAUGGAGUACUCUUGCUUCUGGUAUUCCAUUUCUUUGUAAAAGGUUAACAAAAAUGCACCUGAAAGACUCUCAGACCAUGACAAACCAAAUUUUCUAGUCAGAUGAGACAAAGAUUGAACUCUUUAGCACAGGGGUGUCAAACUCAUUUUCAUUGAGGGCCACAUUGCAGUAAUGGCUGCUUUCAAAGGGCCGUUUCUUUAAAAUUAAUUUUCAUUAUGCAGGUGGGUAUUAACCUGUGAUUAAUCUAAAUGCAUGUGCAUUUGAUUAUUACAUUUUGUUAUGUAUAACUUGCUUUAAAAUCAUAAAUAAAGGUGACAAGCAGAUAUUUAACUAUUUGUUUUUAUCUCACACAAAUAGUUUUGCAAUACACUAUAGCAGGGGUCAGCAACCCAAAAUGUUGAAAGAGCCAUAUUGGACCAAAAAUACAACAAAAAAAUCUGUCUGGAGCCACAAAAAAUUAAAAGCCUUACAUAAGUGUUAUAAUGAAGGCAACACAUGAAGUAAGUGUCUAUAUUAGCCUACUAUCAAACUGACUUUAAAAGUCUUAUAAUGGAGACAACACAUGAUGUACAUGUCCAUAUUAGCCUACUGUCAAAAUGACUUUAAAAGUCUGAUAUAAGUGUUAUAAUGAAGACAACACAUGAUGUAAGUGUCUAUAUAAGCCUACUAUCAAAAUUACUUUAAAAUCCUUACAUAAAUGUUAUAAUGACGACAACACAUUAUGUAAGUGUCUGGAACGACCUACCUCUGUGUGUUAGACAAGCCUCCUCUCUUCCUGUUUUUAAAUCUCUCUUGAAAACAUACCUUUAUUCCUUGGCUUUUAACACUGAGUGAUAGCUAUCCUGCAAUGGCGCCCCAUUAUACACCUGCUGUGAACCUGUUUUUAUUUUUAAUUUUUUUAAUUUUUAUCAUGUUC